CAGGAAGUAGUGUGUAUUUUGACGGCUGACGCUAAAAGUCGUAGAGGGAGCACUCGAGGACCCAGACUGUGUGAAGACAAGCGGCUUGUUGUCGCUGAGGAGCUGGACGACUGUCUCCUGCUGGUGUUUUCGGGACUCGUCCUCUCCUCCGUGUGUGUCACCGUGUGAAUGUCCGUCCUGAACUCCGGUAACUGGAUACAAAAGCCUGGGAAUUAAAAAAUGGACCCGCACGCUGAUCUUCAACAAGCAGAUACCAGCCCUCCAGAUGAGUCAACAGAUCCUCCCCCGAGGAUGACAAGACACCAGAUCCUCACCUUAAUAUCACUAGCGUCUGUCAACUUCAGUUCAAUGAUCUGCUACUCAAUAUUAGGACCUUUUUUCCCCCAUGAGGCGGAGAAUAAGGGAGCAAGUCAAACUGUCAUCGGCCUCAUAUUUGGCUGCUACGCUGUCUGCAAUUUAAUUGGGUCAUUGAUAAUGGGGAAAUAUAUCGUGCAGAUUGGUGCAAAAUUCAUGCUCGUGGUCGGGCUUUUUGUGUCGUCAGUCUGCACCAUCAUAUUCGGAUUACUAGAUCGGGUUCCCGCAGGACCCCCUUUUAUUACUCUGUGUUUUAUUGUGCGGUCGAUUGACGCGCUGGGCUUUGCCGCUGCGAUGACCUCCACUUUCGCCAUGACAGCAAAAAUAUUCCCAAACAAUGUGGCGACUGUGCUGGGUAGUUUGGAGAUUUUCACAGGACUCGGGCUCAUCAUGGGGCCUCCAGUCGGAGGGUGGUUCUACCAGUCUUUCGGAUAUGAAGUCCCUUUUCUGCUUCUCGGGUGUUUCCUGUUGAUUAUGGUUCCUUUCAACAUAUACGUCUUGCCAACCAUUGAUGCCGAUCCCUCGAAGGAUUCGUUCUUUCGGCUUCUCACCAAAGCGAAAGUCGUCCUCAUCUGCUACGCCAUAUUCACUCUUAGUGCAGGUCUGGGCUUCCUGGAUGCCACGUUGUCCUUGUUUGCUAUGGAGACGUUCGGGCUGUCAGCCGGCUACGUGGGACUGAUCAUGCUGGGUCUGUCCCUGCCGUACUGUCUGGCGUCACCACUGAUGGGGUAUUUCACCGAUAAAUAUCCUGCCACCAGGAGCUGGUUCAUGGUGAUCGGAGGUCUCGCAACUGCGACUGGUUUCUGUUUCCUCGGCCCCGCUCCCUUCUUUUACCUCCCGAGCCAGCUAUGGUUGCUGGUCCUCAUGCUCGGAGUAAUUGGGUUUUCUCUGGGUAUGACUGCAAUCCCGACGUUCCCUGAGAUCAUCGGAUGUGCAUAUGACCUCGGAUACGAAGAGGGACUGAGCACCCUUGGAAUGGUCUCUGGACUGUUUGGGGCAGUUUGGUCCACAGGGAUGUUUUAUGGCCCAGUGGUGGGAGGUGUUAUCACACAACAUCUGAGCUUUAGGUGGGCAGCUGUAGUCCAAGGAGGCUUGGCGUUUCUAGCGGCCUUUCUCCUCGCUCUGUGUUAUCUCUACGAACGCCCGCGGCAGCAAAGCACUCGAGAAGAAAGUCGGAGAAAAGAUGAAAGCACUCCUCUCCUGGCUGAAUGAAGCGCUCGCAGCAUGUGGGAGGACGCCGUAAAGAACCAGGAAAGUCAGCUAGCUGUGGGAAUUAGCCUCCGAGCUACUCGACUUAUUAAUUGCAUUUUAUCAUUUUUGAUAAAUCAUUGUUGGUGUUGGAGAGAGGAUAGUGAUUUUACAAUACGUUACAGAAAAAACACUUUUUAAUCGAUUGCCUGAAAAAUUGUAUCUAGUCAGCACAGCACUGUUACCUCGUGUUAAACAGUAUUGAAUGUACUGAUGUACAGAUGAACAGAUAUGCUGAACACUCCGCACAGGAGAAGAAGAAAGUGACCCUGUUCUGUGUGCCUUGAACUUAACAUUCUGGUAUUGUGACAACCUCAGCGCCGAGUAACGGCAGUACGACAGUGUCACUGAUUUAAAAGUAGAUACAUCUAGAUUUAAAUAGAUUAUUUCAUAUGUGCACUAAUGUACUAUAUAUGAUGACUGUAACAUGAGGUUAACCACUGGAAAUCACAGGACAUCUUAAGUCCGGAUCACAAACUAAAUGUGCCUUUUGUUCUGCUGCAUUAACGGUCUUAUUUUUCUACGUCACAUGAGGUGGA